AUGCCACCAAAGGUUGGUUCAACCCUUGCAGCUUCACUAUGUGAAGAUGAUGAAGAUGAUGAUGAGGAGCAGGAGAUUGAUAACGAUGAUGCAGGAUUUUCAGGUGGUCCCUCUAAUAUAUCUUUAUUGACCCAGUACCAAGAUCAUGUUGCAUGGAUCAUAUGGGAUGGUCAGGAUCGAGUUGUGAAAGUAGUCUCUCAUAUUAAAAAAGUGAAAAAAUUAGGACCUCCUCACCCUUCUGUUCUCCCCUUUGUGGUAGCUUCUGGAUUAUCGCCUUUGUGCGAUAUUUUAUAUGAAGGGUGCACGAUAUUUGCUAAUAAAAGUGCCACCUAUGUUCGUACCCAUUACCUCGAGCUAUUUAGAGAUCUCCCUACAUGUCGUACAUAUGCUUGGGGAGUUGUUGCUCUUGUCUACUUAUAUGAGCAGUUAGGAGAUGCCAACUUUGCAAAUACAAAGCAAGUAGCUGGAUAUCUACCUCUUCUACAGUUAAACGAAAUGUUAUUUGAUACAGGCUUGGAUAUACGAGCACUUCCUACAUUAAGAAGGAAGCAAUUACGGGAUACAUAUGUGGAGACCGAACCUCGUGUAAGACAUUAUAUCAUUGGACGCGCUACUUCCGUUAUAGCUGAUGUUAGAGUCCAGUUGGAUGCCUUGACAUAUGAUGGGGUGAUUUGGAACCCAUAUGGAGCACACUGGGCUAGUCGACCACUUGUUGUAUCUGCCAUGUUUUAUGGCUACCUCAGGCUUGGUAUCCUCGUACACCGUCAUCUGCCGGAGCGUGUGCUGCGACAAUUUGGCUUCAUGCAGCCUAUUCCAUGA